AUGGCGGAAGUCAUCACCCUCGUUGGCCAGAUCUCUAGCCUCGUCAGUCUGUCUCACGACUUGGUCGGUCUAUGUUGUGAAUUCUUUUCAACAGUCAAAAAUGCCCCAAAGGAGCUCGAGGAUGUACGUCGCGAACUGACAGCGUUUGAGCAAAGCAUCAUUGGGCUAAAAGGUUUCAUCAAUGCGCAUCCUGAAGAGAUCACCAACCUCAGGCAGCUCAGUCUGCCGAAUGGCACUCUGGACUCAGCUACCGAGGUCAUCAAGGAGUUGAUGGACUUGCUCGAGGCUGGCAAGUUUACACCAAGCACUGGGCCCAAACGGGCCAAGCUUAUGCACACCACUUUGGAGAGGAUCCAACAAGGGCUAAGAAGGACCAACAUCAAGGAACCUCUGGAGAAGCUUCGCCGCUUCCGUGAAUCGAUCCAGUUCACCCUGAACGCUGCGCUUGCAAGACCAAUUCUGGAGACGAGACAAGAUGUUGUAGUCAUCAAGGAGAGUGUUCAAACCCUCAAGGAUGACCAGACUCAGUUUCAGGAUGAUGCACGCAAGCUGAAAGUGUUGAAAUGGUUCAAUGUCGACAUGUCGGGGAACAGGAGCAUCCACAAGGACAGGUUGUCUCAACAACAACAGAGCACCUGCCAGUGGUUCACCCGCAAUCCUGCUUGGAACAAGUGGCUACAAGAGCGCGAGUUCAUCUGGGUCACUGGCCUACCUGGCACUGGUAAGACAGUGCUGGCAUCUUACCUCAUUGAGCGUGCAAGUCAUGAAUUCAAUUCCAAGGGCAUUGCCUACUACUACUGCCACCAUUCUAGGAAUAGGGAUGAGUCUUUGACUCUUCUUCAGCACAUUGUAAAGCAGCUUAUCAGUCAAAUCGACUAUGUACCAAGCAGAAUCUAUGACAAUCAUAAGCGUGCUGACAAACUGGACACGGACGAUCUCCUUCUUUGUUUGGAAGAACUCUCCAGCAAGUUCAAGUCUGGUGUCCGCGUAAUUGUUGACGCGGUAGAUGAGAGCAAGCCGCGCGACAAGCUCAUGAGCAUCUUGUUCACCAUUGGUACCGAUCUACGCUUCCGCCGAGUCUCACUCUUAGUUACAAGUCGUCCUGAGCCCGACAUCUUGGAGGGGAUGAGCCCACACUUGUCAUCACUUGUCGAGAUCUCCAUGUCUGACCCGGGAGUAACGGCUGAUAUACGGAGCCUCGUUCAGUCGGAAUUGGCCAAACUGCCCUGGGAAGAGUAUUUCAAACGUGAAAUCGAACAAUGUCUUGUUGGCGGAGCCAAGGGAAUGUUCCGCUGGGUUGCUUGCCAAAUUGAUCACAUCAAGCGCUUGAGUUGCAAAGGCAUGAAUGGCGAGCAAGCAAUUCGGCGAGCCCUGAACAAUCUUCCAGAGGACGUCUUCGCGACAUAUGAGAGAAUUCUCUUGGAGAUACCCAAUGAAGACAGUGAGUUUGCACGUACUGCUCUGGCGCUCAUGUGUAGUCAACAUGGUGAAAUGCCUACAGCCGAGGUACUCGUCGAAGCCUGUCUUUAUCGUGUCAUGGGGGAGGAUAUCAACAAGUACGACGUCAGACUGCUCGUUGAUAUAUGCGGCUGUCUGCUUCGCAUAAGUAGAUUCAAUCGUCCGCCGCUUGCGGUCUUCAAAGACGCAACAAUUGGACCCUUCCACAAGGUGAGCCUUGCUCACUAUACUGUGAAAGAGUAUCUAGUUCACCCGGACACGGCAACGCGCCCAGCCAAGUUCUUUGCUCUGACACCACAGGUCCUAGAGACAAUUGAUAUUGUUGUGGCUUUCAAGGGUCUGCAGCGUUUCGGCACAAGGCACUGUGUCACAAAUGGGGGCAAGACAAGGGUGACUCGCUACGAAGAGGAUUGCCUGAAAAAGACAGAGGAUGCCUUGAACCAUCGGCGCCCGGACUUUGACAAGAAUGAUGAACUGUACCAAGCGCUCAUUCAAUCUCUAAAGUACAGCUCCUCACAUGCGAAACAUCUCCGCCUUCAACGCGGCAUCGCCACGGACAUGAGCACCAGGUUUAGUACUUGGGACAAGCUCAUCAACCAGCUGGAAACACCUCCCAAAGGUGACCAAGCCGAGCAAGUUACCUUGCUCUUGAGUUUGAUCACUCUACGCUGGUAUAAUAUGGCCGUGAAGUACCUGAAAAGCCACCCAGACUUCAUCAAACUUCACCCAAACGUCAGGGCCAAGAUCUGGAGUACCAAAUUCAAGUUACGGGCGACAAGGUCUGGGCCAAGCCAGCCCGAGAGCCUCUUAUUGCUUUGUGUUCGUCAGCGACGUCUGAACUUCCUCUCAUUAUUCAUUCAGCAUGAUGCCUCGUUUGAAAAGGAAUCUGAAGUCCUAUAUGCAGCCAUGUACAGCCCCGACGAUGAGGACAACGAUUCUGACACAACGUUGGCUUUUCUGCGAACAAUGACUGACCUCGGCCGCGGUGCGAAAGCUGAUCCUGUGCCUUUCAGACAAGCUAAUGAUCAUCGUGGGUCGAAUGAAGAUCCGAACACAAGGGAACGGCGAUUUGCAUUCACACCGCUCCAGGCUGCUGUCGCCUUUCAGGAGUUGGAUUGGGUGGAAGUGCUGCUUGAAACCUCGGCGGACCCUAAUCUCACAGGAGUCACUGGGGGACAAGUUCCUCAUGGCUAUGGACGACUCAAUCUCAACGGCAUCUCUUUAGAGCUCCUCAAAGAAAUGGGCGAGCAAACUCCAUUGCAAAUCAACAGGAGUAUAAAUGCAACCGACAGUGCUGCGCACAGCAGGAACGCCGAAAUUGAGCGCCUACUUUUACGCUAUGGCGCCCGUGAUCCCACAGAAGCAGAUGACGACGACACAAUCAUGAUCUCGAGCGAUGACGGUGAGUAG